AUUAUAGAAUGGAACUCCAAAGUAAAGUUCGAAAGUUUUCUAAAAGACAAAGGCUUUGCGGCAAAGCCUCCUCUCUUUGGUAUCCUUUAAAUAACCCACCAAAGGAACUUUCUUUAAGUAGAACGUUGCCUUGUGGACAAAGUUUUCUCUGGAAGCGAUACGGGAAAGAAAAAGAUAAUCAAGAAUAUUGGUUAGGUGUUGUUGAUGACACUAUCGUUCAACUGUAUCAACCGAAUACUUUGGGACCGGUAUACUUUCAACCCGUUCACUGUCUUUCUGAAUCAAUUUCCAUAGAACAUCUAAGGAAACGACUGGUUGAGUUUUUCAAUCUGCACAUUUCCUAUUCCUCACUGUUGGAACAAUUCUGCAAAGUGGAUCCUCGGUUCGAGAAGGUUGUCGAAUAUACACAAGGAGCACGAGUGUUGUCUUUGGAUCCUUUCGAAUGUUUAUGUGGCUAUCUGUGUUCGUCAAAUAAUAAUAUACAACGCAUUUCCAAGAUGAUGCAAUUCAUAGCACAACAUGGUAACUACAUAGGACAAGUUGAACAACACAAGUUUUAUUGCUUUCCUACAUUAAAUCAAAUGCGAAGCGUUACAGAACAAGACUUGCGUAGUCAUCGCUUUGGAUAUCGUGCCAAGUAUCUUGUACAUACUAUCGAUCGACUAGUCCAGUUGGGUGGUAUUGAAUGGCUAUCAGAGUUGAAACAAUUAGACAGAGAACAAGUGGUUUCACAACUUAUGCAGUUGCCAGGAAUAGGACACAAGGUAGCUUCUUGUAUUGCACUCGUUUCAUUAGGAAAACAUGAUGAAAUUCCGGUGGACACUCAUAUUUGGCAAGUCGUUUUGAAAUAUUAUUUACCACAAUUACACGGAAAAACUUUGACUCAACGUGUUCAUCGAGAAAUUGGUGAAUGGUUUCGGCAGAAAUUUGGUGCUUAUGCUGGAUGGGCACACAAUACGUUGUUUCUAGUUGAGAUAGUUAUGAAACUGAAUAUGAAAACAUUACUUAUUGAAUAUCUUUUUGUGAAUGGCGCCAAAAAGUUGGCAUUUUUCAUCGUCGGUAAAUACCAAUUGAUUUCCAAUUCACUUGGGGGAGAAGAAGACUGUCAUCUUUUCCUUGGAAGUGUUGUGUUUCUGCUGUACAAUUUAGUGUCUUUGUUGGAACAAGAGAAUGAACGGAUACAAGGAAAAUGGAUCGACAGAGAUGCCUACUCCUGCCAAGCUUAUUUUGGAAGACGGCAAGUAGCACAUUCCGUGGGCACCGUAUUUCAUGGAUAUUCGUUUGGUGCCAAAAGGAGUUCUUCUGGAGAAGCAGUCUUUCAGACUGGAAUGGUCGGAUAUCCUGAAGCACUGACGGAUCCUUCCUAUCGUGGCCAGAUUCUCUGCUUUACCUAUCCACUUAUCGGUAACUAUGGAGUACCCUCAGAGAAAGAGGUGGAUCACAACGGAAUUCCUCUUUAUUUCGAAAGUUAUGAAAUUCACACUGCUGGAGUUGUCGUUUCUUCCUUCACUGAGAAGCAUUCACAUUGGAAAGCAGAAAGCUCCUUUGAUUCAUGGCUGAAGAGGAACAACGUUAGUGGUAUAUAUGAUAUAGAUACACGACAAUUGACGCAGAUAAUCAGAGAGAAAGGAACGAUGCUAGCGAAAAUUGUAGUAGAUUCGGAACUUUCUUUCUAUGAUCUUAAUCAAACAAACCUUGUUGCUCAAGUUUCCAUUAAGGAGCCCAUCAUAUAUCGUCCUCCUUUAGGAAACACCCUUUGUCAUAUUCUUAUGGUAGAUUGUGGCAUCAAAUAUAAUCAGAUUCGAUGUUUCUUAAAUCGCCAGGCCCAAAUAACUUUGGUUCCUUGGGACUAUGAUUUUUCUUCUCCAGAAACACUUCAAAAUAUUGACGGUAUCUUUCUAUCCAAUGGACCUGGUGACCCUAGUAUGUGUGAAAUCACAAUCCAUCACAUCAAGAAUAUUUUGGAAGCAGCAGAAAAGAGAGAUUCGUCGCGUGUGACUCCUAUGUUUGGAAUAUGUUUGGGUCAUCAACUAUUGAGUCUAGCUGCUGGUUUUGAGACGUUUAAGAUGAAAUAUGGAAAUCGAGGUCACAAUGUGCCAUGUUUGGAAUUAACGAGUGGACAUUGUUAUAUAACUUCGCAGAAUCAUGGAUAUGCAGUUGAUACGAGCAGUAAAAAGAUUCCCCAUUGGCAACCCCUUUACGUCAACUUGAAUGAUCAAACCAACGAAGGCAUAUGUAACGAUCGUUUUCCAUUUUUUUCCGUUCAGUUUCAUCCGGAAGCAAGUGCAGGACCACAUGAUACGGAAUUCUUGUUUGACUUAUUUUUAGAUAUUGUGCAAACAAACAAAUCUACACAGUCAGCCUCCAAUUAUGUUUCUGCAUGGGAUAUCUUUUUGAACUACAAGAAACCAAAGAUUCCAAAGUCAAUAGAAGAAGAUGGUCGUCAUAUAAGGAAAGUUUUGUUAUUGGGUAGUGGUGGACUUUCUAUUGGUCAAGCUGGAGAAUUUGAUUAUUCUGGUACUCAAGCUUUGAAAGCUUUGAAAGAAGAAGGCAUCAAGACCGUUUUAGUCAAUCCUAAUAUUGCAACAGUUCAAACAUCGAGAGGAAUGGCAGACAAGGUUUAUUUCCUUCCUAUUAAUCCCGAAAGUGUGGCCAAAGUGAUUCGAAAUGAAAGACCGGAUGGUAUUCUUGUGACGUUUGGAGGACAAACAGCACUCAAUUGUGGUAUCAAACUGCAUCAGAGUGGUAUAUUUGAAGAGUAUGGUGUAAGUGUUUUAGGCACUCCUAUUGAAACCAUUCUGGAUACAGAAGAUCGAGAGAGGUUCAACCUUCGUCUUUCAGAAAUAGGAGAGCCAUUUGCUCAUUCCAUUGCAUGUUCUUCAUUGGAUGCUACAUUGAAAGCUGCUAAAGAAAUUGGUUACCCUGUAAUUUUGCGAGCAGCAUUUGCAUUAGGAGGUCUUGGUUCAGGUUUUGCAAAUGAUGCUGAAGAAUUGACCAAUUUGGCAUCGAGGGCAUUUUCAACAUCAGACCAAGUAUUGAUAGAGAAAUCUAUGAAGGGUUGGAAAGAAAUUGAGUAUGAAGUAGUUCGUGAUGCCUAUGAUCACUGUAUCACGGUUUGUAACAUGGAGAAUUUUGAUCCAUUAGGCAUUCACACGGGAGAGUCUAUUGUCGUUGCUCCCAGUCAGACUUUGGAUGACUAUGAAUAUCAUAUGUUGCGUGAUUCAGCCAUGAAAACUAUUCGACAUUUGGGUGUCGUAGGUGAAUGCAACAUUCAGUUUGCUUUAAACCCCAAUAGUCGACAAUAUUGUAUCAUCGAAGUGAAUGCUCGUCUCUCGCGAUCCUCAGCAUUGGCUAGUAAAGCCACUGGAUAUCCUUUGGCAUUCGUCGCUGCCAAAUUAGCAUUAGGAAUACCGCUUACUCAGAUUCGCAAUUCUAUUACACAAAGUACUACGGCAUGUUUUGAACCUAGUUUGGAUUACAUUGUUGUGAAAAUGCCACGCUGGGAUUUGAAGAAGUUUACAAGAGUUAGCAAGUUGUUAGGUUCUUCUAUGAAGUCUGUUGGCGAAGUAAUGGCAAUUGGACGCAACUUUUGUGAAGCGAUACAAAAAGCUAUUCGUUGUGUAAAGGAAAAUUAUGUUUUUGGUUUGGACAGCUCAGUUGUUCCGUAUACUACUGAGGAAAUGUCGAAUCCUACUGAUGAGAGAAUUUUUGCCAUAGCUAAUGGAUUAGCAAAUGGAAUGACUGUCGACAAGAUUCACCAACUAACGCAUAUAGAUAGAUGGUUUCUUAAUCAUUUGGAAAGCAUUAUUUUACUCGAAAAACAUUUGCAAAAGGUUGCUUCCAACGGUCAGUCCUUACAAGAACUAGAUUUGUGGUAUGCCAAGUCUUUGGGUAUGAGUGAUAAACACAUUGCAAAAUGUAUUGGAGAAACCGAAUUGGUGAUACGAAGUCUCCGUAUGCAACUACAAGUGAAACCUUUGGUGAAAAGAAUUGAUACCGUUGCUGCGGAAUUUCCUGCUGUGACCAAUUAUCUUUAUACAACCUAUGUAAAUGGAAGAGGUUAUAAUCUUUCCAAGGAAAUGCAAAAGAAUGAUGUAGCAUUUGACAGAGAAGGCAUCAUGGUUCUUGGUUCGGGAGCUUAUCGCAUUGGUUCUUCUGUCGAGUUUGAUUGGUGUGCAGUGAGUGCUGUUCGUACUCUUAGGAAUCAACACAUUUAUUCUGUCAUGGUGAAUCACAACCCUGAAACGGUAUCUACGGAUUAUGAUGAAUGUGAUCGUCUCUAUUUUGAAGAAUUGUCUUUAGAGCGAGUUUUGGAUAUUUAUGAGUUGGAAAAAGCUACAGGCGUUAUUGUUUCUAUGGGAGGACAAAUUCCAAAUAAUAUUGCUAUGCAGCUACAUAGACAACAUGCCAGAAUAUUAGGAACUACUCCAGAGAUGAUUGAUGGUGCUGAAAACAGAUACAAAUUUUCAAGAAUGUUAGAUAGGCUUCAAGUAGACCAACCAGAAUGGAAGGAACUUACUAGUCUUGAAGAUGCCAAAGCAUUUUGUCUGAAAGUUGGAUAUCCUUGUUUAGUUCGUCCCAGUUAUGUAUUAUCCGGAGCUGCGAUGAAUGUAGCUCAUAAACCCGAAGACUUGGAAUCCUAUCUUACUGAAGCUGCAAAAGUUUCUUUGGAUAGUCCAGUGGUGAUUUCCAAGUUCAUAUUGGAAGCGAAAGAGAUUGAAGUUGAUGCUGUUGCGAAUAAAGGAGAAUUGAUUAUGCAUGUGAUUACCGAACAUGUAGAAAAUGCAGGUGUCCAUUCUGGUGAUGCUACUCUUAUUUUACCUCCUCAAGAUUUGGAUGAGAUUACAGUUAGAAAGGUAGAAGAAGCCACUAUGAAAGUUGCUAAUGCACUCAAUGUAACGGGUCCUAUGAAUAUCCAAUUCAUUGCCAAAAACAACGAAAUCAAAGUGAUUGAAUGUAAUUUACGUGCAUCUCGUUCUUUCCCUUUUGUAAGCAAAACUUUGGGUAUUGAUUUAGCAAAAAUGGCAACAAAGAUUAUGAUUGGCAAAUCAGUGAAACCUUAUCCUGUCCAUGUGAAUAGUGUCCAAUUGGUUGGAGUUAAAGUUCCUCAAUUUUCAUUUACUCGACUAUUAGGAGCCGAUCCUAUUUUGGGAGUUGAAAUGGCAUCCACUGGAGAAGUUGCUUGUUAUGGUGCUACUAGAGAAGAAGCUUAUUUAAAGGGUUAUUUAGCUACUGGCCAGCGUUUACCUAAAAGAAACAUAUGCCUUUCCAUUGGACCUUACAAAGAAAAGUUGGAGUUUCUUUCUUGUGCAAACAAACUUGUGGAAAUGGGAUUUCACUUGUUUUCUACUCCAGGCACAGCUGAGUUUUUAUCAGAACAUGGCAUUCCAUCUACUGUAGUGAUAUGGCCAAAGAAUGAAGAAUAUGCGAGAGAUGUAGAAAGGAAUAUCUUGGAAGUUCUGAAAGAGAAAGCCAUUGACUUGUUUAUCAAUCUCCCAAGUAACAAUCAAUAUCGAAGACUGGCAAGCUUUCUAUCACCAGGAUAUCUUUCAAGAAGAGCUGCGGUAGACUUUUCGGUUCCUUUGAUUACCAACGUGAAAUGUGCCAAGUUAUUUGUCAAUGCCUUGUACACUCUUGGUGGAAGAAAUGUUUAUCUUCCUCUUCAGCCUUACGAUGCACGAUUCAGUUCUCGAGUAAUCACUUUAUCUGGUUUUAUCUCAUUCAACACAGCUAUUGACGAAAACCAGUCCAUUUCUUCUAUUAUGGAACAAGGAUUGGAAGGUGGUUUUACUACAAUAUGUCUACAUGCAACUCGAGGUCUUUAUGAUAGUCAAGACUUGGAUAGUUUGAAGAGUCAAAUUGAUAGCAACUUUUAUGGUAUUGCAACCAACUAUACUAUUUAUGUGGAUGCUCAUCGAGAUAAUAUUCAUACCAUUUCUUGUUUAUUCAAAUCAUCUGCAGGUUUGUACUUGAAGAUAUCAGACUCUAGUUUUUGGUGGUGGAAACAUUUGGAAAAUUGGCCAAACAACUCUCCAAUUCUAGUAGAAGCUACUGGUUUGGUACUUGCUAGUAUACUUUUUGGUUCUGUAAUACAUGGCUCUAGACCAUUGCAUAUCACACAAGUUUGUAAAAAGGAAGACAUGGAAAUAAUAAGAGCUGCUAAGAACAAAGGAAUGGCCAUCACUUGUGAUGUUUCUAUAGUUCAUCUUUAUGGCAACAAUAUGGAUGCUUCUGAUCGUGAGGCCUUGUGGGAGAACUUGGAUAUCAUUGAUGUGGUUUGUGGACCUUUGAAUCAGACCAUCUCAUUGUUAUUGGCAUCCGUACAAGAAGGAAGACUUGGUAUCUCAUGGGUGGAAUCGAGAUUGGUAGAUAACCCUCGAAGGAUUCUUGGAUUAUCUCCAUCCAUAGGUACAUUUGUAGAAGUCAAUUUGGAUACCUGUUGGACAGAGCAGAAUAGUUCAUCUCCUUUUUAUGGCCAAAUGUGUCGUGGAGUAGUUCAACGAACGGUGAUUCAUAAUGAAAUUGUAUAUUUGGAUGGCAAAAUGUUGUGUAAAGGACAAAGAAUCGGUAAAGAUGUACGCAUACAAGACAAGGCAUCAUCAGAGAAUAUCCAUCCUUCAGUUGGAUUGAGUACUUCAUAUCCGAUGAAGGAGAGAAGAGGAGCUGCUAGUGUUCCUCCUUUGGACCGUGAAGACAAUUUGACUCCUUUGAUUGGCAAAGAGAAACACUUACCAACGGAAACAACGGAUUCCAUACCUUUGAAUUCUCAAACACAAUCAUCCACUUAUAUUUAUUCUCCAACUGCACAAAAGCCAUCAUUUACUAUACAAGAUGAAAAAUGGGACUUGUCUUAUUCAUCAUCGAUGCCAAAGACCCAACCAUCAUGGAAGACUACUUUUCCUUCUUCAUUGAUGCCUACAAGAAAUGUUGAUGCAAUAGAAACAUUGAAUGGUUAUGGAAAUGGUUGGUUAGCAGGCAAUCAUAUUCUUUCCGUUGCCCAAUUCACACGACAACAACUUCAUGCCUUAUUCAAUGUAGCUUACGAAAUGCGUCAAAUGGUACAACGUGUAGGAUACUAUGACUUAUUAAAAGGCAAAGUGAUGGCUACUCUGUUUUACGAGCCAAGUACACGUACUUGUUCCUCCUUUGCUGCUGCAAUGCAACGUUUAGGAGGUUCUGUAUUACCUAUUCAAGAGAUGAGUCAUAGUUCAGUAGCCAAAGGAGAGUCAUUAUCGGAUACGGUUCGUACAGUGAGCUGUUAUUCAGAUAUCAUUGUGAUUCGUCAUUUUGAAAAAGGAGCAGCACAAACUGCCGCUUCAGUAGCUGGUAAACCUGUUAUCAAUGCUGGUGAUGGUAUUGGAGAGCAUCCUACGCAAGCAUUGUUGGAUAUCUUUACAAUUCGAGAAGAAUUAGGAACGGUCAAUGGAUUGACCAUCACUUUUGUAGGAGACUUGAAAAAUGGACGGACCGUACAUUCUUUAGCUCUUCUUCUUUGUUUGUAUCACGUCCGUAUUCGUUAUGUAAGCCCAGAGUCGUUACGCAUGCCUGAGGAUGUUUUAGAAAAGAUUGCUUCCAAAGGUAUUGAUCAACGUGAAUAUCAUGACUUGCAACAGAUAAUAUCGGAAACCGAUGUAUUGUAUGUCACGCGUAUUCAAAAGGAACGAUUUUCAUCUCCACAAGAAUAUGAAAAGUGUCAACAAGGUUAUAUCAUCACUCCUAAAUUGUUAACCAGAGCUAAAGAACAUAUGAUUGUGAUGCAUCCUUUGCCUCGAGUACAAGAGAUUUCGACUCAAGUUGAUCAAGACCCUCGAGCUGUAUACUUUAGACAGAUGGAAUAUGGAAUGUAUGUUCGUAUGGCAUUGUUAGCGAUGAUAUUAGGAAAAGCAUAAGAGAAAGACUAGGAUUUGGAU